AUGCAGUCAAAUACAUAUAAUGAGUAUAAUACCUAUCAAAAACACAUUUUAGUAGGUGUUACGGGCUCAAUAGCAGCAACAAAGCUAUUAGAGCUUGUUACGGGCUUACAGGCUCUUGGUGAGGUGCAAGUUGUAUAUACAUCUGCAGCAAAAAGAUUUUUAUGUACUGCAAAGCUGAGACAAAGUGGUGUUUCAUUAUGGACAGACGGAGAUGAAUGGAAUCUAUGGCAGGAAAUUUCGAGUCCAAUACUUCAUAUUGAACUACGGCGAUGGGCAGAUAUACUUGUAUUAGCACCAUUAACAGCAAAUACACUGGCAAAAAUGGCAAAUGGAUUAUGCGAUAAUCUAUUAACAUGUAUAUUACGUGCAUGGCACCCGAGCCGGCCAAUCCUCGCAGCACCUGCAAUGAAUACAUAUAUGUGGCAUCAUCCACUAACACAACGCCAUAUUACAUUAAUACAAGGCAUAUUUACAUGGAUUGAGUGGAUUGGCCCUGUUGAAAAACGACUUGCAUGUGGUGACGUUGGGAUGGGAGGUAUGACGGCAGUCACUGGGAUUAUAGAAAAGACUUCACAAAUGCUUGAAAAGGCAGAGAAGGAAAACAAUUGA